AAGGUGCACAAGAAUAAUCGAAACUAUUUGAUUGAGCGUUAAAAAGGUUUGAACACUUACCGAUCGUAGAAACGAAUGCAAGAACGAUUACAAAACAAUAAACUGUAAACUUCAUUAUCAAUCCGGCAGGGCAAAAUCACAUCACAACACUACAAGCUCUAAACCACCAAAUGCACCCAUCUAAACAAUCUCUUUGCUUUAUAUACACCCGCACUAGAAAAUGUCAACAUUCGAAAGAUGAGUUUCGCAUCGACCGGUGGCCAAUCAAAGGCUGCCGAUUACAACACUGCACAGUAUCUUAUCGCACCAAGACGCACGAAGAAGUCACCUCCCGAAGGGGUUUCCAUUUUCGCUAGUCAUGUAGCUGACAGUGUAUGCAAAUGUCCCGGUGGUCUCAACCGUAGUGACUGAGUUGAUCGAACGAUCGAAACAUUCCGAUACUGGGUGGGAAAUUCCUAUCUGUUUUAGAUUCUUCUGCUUCGCAGCAUUACGUAGCAGAAAAAUGUCGCGCGUGAAUCGUUACUGACGCACCGACGAUAAUAAUUUCACCUACAUUUUUUUGUUCAAGUCGAUUGUUUCACUUUCGAAAGAACUGUAUAACAGUUUAUAAGUAUUGCAAAGGAAUGUUUUAACAUGUUUUUUUAAAGUGUUUUUUAUAAUAAAUGUUACAUAAUUAUACUUUCUUACGACACCAAGCGAGACGACAUAAUGUCUGCUAAGAGCGCUCAAGAUAACGGUCAUUUGCAUCGCCCUGAAUCAUAAAUGGCCCUUAUCACUAUGUCUGAGAUAGCAUACCUUCAUAGUAGCUGUCCGCUAGCUUUUGAUGAUGAAUGCAUACAUUCCACAAUUGGCGAUUUAGUAGCUAUCUGACUGACCACAACCGGUACAAUCUGUCUACAGAUAAAGUCCUAUACGCGCAUUCCAAUCGACCGACUGCUUUGAACUGGUUAUUUCGGUAUCUGCUCUGUUAGUCCUGCUUAUUGAUAGCUUGGGAGAAAAUUGAGAAAGAUUUCUCUGGACCAUUAAUAACCUUGUUUGCUUACUGUAUGAAUUUCACUGAUUGGGAAAUCGGUAUUAAGAUGAUAUUUUGAGAAAAUAUGUGUUGCACGUUAGAGGUUCUGUUUGCUACUGUUUUUUAUUCUGUCCGGUUACAAAGUUCAUUCGUAGUUCAUGCGUUGAGUUCAUUUUUCUUAUCCCUAUUCCUUACUUCGUGCGUCCGAUUUAUACUAAUAGCUCCUAGUGUUAUCCUGUGUCGUUAUGUCGUAAAAUUCAAAAUGGAAUUCAAAUAUUUUCGUGCUAUAAACUAUAAAUUCCAACACUUACUGAUUUACCAAACAUUACGACCAUGAUUUUGAGAUAUGUCCACUUAAAGAAAUGUACGAAAUAAGGCACUUUUCGUGUGAAUGAAUUCAAGCCCUUAAGAUGGCAAUAGAUUAUCAACACAUCAAAUAUUAGUGAGUAUAGUGAGAGUUCUCUAUAGCUCUAGAUUCACUAGGUAUAGAAAAAAUUUCUUUAACGGUAUGACUCAACAUUGACUUCACUCGACUGAGUCGUAGUAACCCGGAAGCUUUAACGAGUGAUCACAAAGUUUUAUUGACUUACGCAAGCAAUUAAACACGAUACAACCUGUAAGCGACGAUGAUUUAUCUAAGCAUUCGUUGAUAUUUUAUUGUUUUCGGAAGGAUUCCAAUAGAUAGUAGUAGAACACACCUUAGCCUUUGUCGAUUGAAUGCCAUCACCCCUGUACUGAUAACAGACCUCCACACGAGUGGCUUCCUGGACACUGCACUGUACGCGAUGCACAUAUCCUGUACAGAAUUUGGGGUCUUUUUUAUUGUCUUACCGAUCAUAAAUAACUCCGGUUCAUCCAUCAAACUAAUCCACACAACGAAACGUUUCCAUUCAUAAUCACGGCACGCGGAUCCGGGACCAGAUACUUCCAAGUGUCGUAAUCUUUCCAAAUCUCCCGCAGCGUAAUAAUGAACCCGCCGACGGCAAGUAUAAACAAUUGUCGAAAAUCAUUCACAAAAUGGAUUGAGCUUUAAUCUUUAUGAUCGUUUGCUAUCAACGAACGGUUUCGUAUCAUGAUCGCCCAUUAGAUGGGCGGUCGGAUCGUUGGCCCUAUAUAAGCGGGUGUGAAAAGCAUUCUACGGCGUAUUUUAGUUCACAAACGGUUGACCAGUGAAGUGAUCCUAGCAGUAGAUGAAAGUGAUACAUUCCGAGGGAGAGUGAAAAUGGGUCCCAGUGCAGUGUGGUUAGAGAAGAUUCCAGUGAUAAGUGUUUUGGUGAUUUUGGUGGUACUUGGUGGUACAGUAAGAUCACAGCUGUUGUGCUAUUCGUGUACAGAAUGUGACGCAUACGAUCCAGGUCAAAUGAUGGAAUGUCUAUCGGACUGUAGCAUUUGGUAUUUAACAAGUGGAGAUACGACAACGGUGAGCCGAGGCUGUCUCGAACAGGCGGAAGAUGAUGUGAUGAUCUACGAUCAAUGUGAAACCAUUUUGUGUAACACUGCGCAAGUUACGCGUUGUGCACAGUGUACAUCUGCUGUAUCGGUUGAAUGUGAGAACGUGAUCUGUCCAACGUCAGCAGACGAAUGUUAUCUUAAUCCUACAGAUGGUCACCGAGGCUGCACAUCCGAUCAGGACUAUGAAGUGAAUUGUUCAUCAGGUAGCAAUUCCUGUGUCGUAUGCAAUUCCGAACCAGACCAGAUCUGCAACGACAUACGCAAGUGCGUGGUCUGUGAUACUAGCAAAAAUCCGGAAUGCUUGCAGGACCCCUUUUUCGUACAACAAUGUCCCGAAACGAGCGAUCAGUGCUACCGAUAUUUGGACGUACAGCAGACACUCCAUUUGGGUUGCAGCAGUGACGAAGAUUACUCGAUCAACUGUCAAGAUACGGCCAACUGUCGCACGUGCUCCACCGAUGAAUGUAAUCGAGAUGGUAAGAUCAUCCUGCAGCAUCUGGAUCGUGCCAGAUCACUGAUCACUUCAAUCAUUUCAGAUAAGUUUGAGUGCUAUUUUUGUGACGAUUGUCCUGCCGUUGAAGAUGAGCUGGAAAAUAAGAUUGAAUGUAACGUGCUCGAAGAGAACAGAUGUUACACAGGUUACGAUGCAACUACCAAACAGACACAUCGUGGCUGCUUUAGCGGAAGCAUUCCACCGUACGAUGUGUUUGAUUUGUGUGACGUCAGUGGUUGUAACGAUCGGAUCUUUCCCGACCAUCUCCAGUGCUAUCAGUGUGUUGGCUGUGAUGAAGUUAAUGGUGCGGAUUUAAGCUACUGUAGCAAUAGUGAGGCCACCAGCUGCUUUAUGCUGUUGGCAGAUUCCGAAACGGAAGAAACCAAAACACUCAUCCGUGGAUGCAACACGGACGAAGCGUACGUUGAGUGUCAGCUUGAUCGUAACUGUGCGACCUGUAAGGACGAUCAGUGUAAUGGAGGAUCGGCACAGGUCGCAAGGUUUUGCGAUGAGUGUAACGGUGUGGAGGAAUGUGAAAAGCAAAUGCUUACCCACAACUGUGCGGACAGGUCGUUCACCAAUCAGUGCUAUCUGUACUCGGACGGUGUCGGAGCGAUGAAGAAGGGAUGCAUACUGGAUCUGGAUCCUGCGUUGGCUGAGGCGUGCUACGAUCCUUCGGAUACAAGGUGUAGCGGCUGUAAAGAUGUCCAGUGCAAUCGGCAACACUGUAUCAGUUGUAAUACCCGUACGGAUGGGCUUGUUUGUGUGCUGGGGGAUAAGAGCGUUGCAGCGCUUCGAUAUGCCCUUUGCCCUGGUGGUGUCUGCCGGAUGGAGAUCGACACCGAAGGUCACACAGUGAGAGGCUGUUUAGAAGACUUCUUUACACCCUGUGAACCGGGUACUUGCAGGGAAACACAACUGGCCGGUUCAAAUGGAGGCAUUUUUCCAACAGACCGUCGACAAUGUUACCAGUGUGAGGGUGAGUCUUGUUGGAUGGAACAGCAAUCUGCUGAUGGACAAUACUGUCAGCUGUACCGUGGUUCUGAGGAUGGUUGUUACAUUUACAACAACGGUAGUACCAUUGUGCGUGGUUGUACCACGGAUCCCGAAGCGAAGUGUGGCACGGGAAGCGAUGACCCACACUGUACGAUAACGUUCGAAGAUCUCACAAACGCUAUUGCACAAGUACAGGCACCAAUGACUUGCUAUCAAGACUGUUCGGAGAAUGUACUGUCGUGCAUUCCCAUUACCUGUCCUUCACCGACCGAUCGUUGCUUUCUGAGCGUAUCCAACAGUGGCGUAGUAACGCGUGGCUGCACAGAAUACGACUGUCCGGCAGGUUACAGAGAUUGUUUCACAUGCAGGGAACCGAACUGCAAUGGCGUGUACAGUGUGUGUUCUAGCUGCGACACGGAAGCGGACGCAGACUGUUCCGUCGGUGAGGAGCAUGGAGACAUUUGCCAACAGUCGGACGGUUGCUUUCAGUAUCAAAACGAAGACAGAGCGAUGUACGGUUGUGCCGAACAGGCUCCAUCGUUUUGUCUGAACGAUGAGGAGCAUUGCAAAUUUUGCGAUCAGCCAUUUUGUAACAGUAAAGCUUUAAGCUUGUGCUACUCGUGCACAGACUGUCGGGACGUUUUAUCGCCCAUCGUGCAGAAGACAAAGCUUUGCGCUGCUGAUGGAGAUCACUGUAUAACCGGGCUUGUUGGAGAUCGAAUCGAUCGUGGCUGCCGGAGCGAAAUGCCGCAACCGAUCGACAACUACAUCAUAAUAGAGGAUUGCACCGAACGGACGUGUAACAGUUUGAAGAUUACGGAUUGGGCCACCUGUUACGUGUGUACCGACUGUGCCGAGGUGACGCCUGAAACCGACACGAUGCUCUGCUUAAAUCCUUCAACGAACCAGUGCUACACGAAGCGCGAAACGAGCGGAUCGAUCAGUCGCGGCUGUGCACCCGAGGAUGCACUGGUCGACUGUGACGAUGGGAUAAAUUGUGCGGUGUGUGAAUUCGACACCUGUAACAAUCUGGCCGUACCGCGUGAAUUUAGCUGCGUGCAGUGUGCUGAUAGUGAGAACUGUGCCAAUUACAACAUACUGAGCGAGUGUCCUAACCAGCUGGGUGUGAUUUUCGAUGCGUGCGUCACAUACACGUCCGAUUCUGGUGUAACGAAGGGAUGCCUUAGCAGUUUGAAUCUGUUUGUCCUUUGUAACGGCAACAUGAACGCCGCUCGUUGCAAUGUGUCGACGGAAUCGAAAGGAAACGCAAGACCCGUGCAGUGUGUCGACUGUCGGGGUGAUAUCGAAUGUAUAAGGGGGGAUUUCAAUGCGCUGGAAACAACGACACAUUUCCAUGGAUCUUGUGUGUCGUUUCUCGACGAGAGUGGCAUGGUAGUGCGCGGUAACAUUUUGGAGCAUCCCGAAUGUCGGGAUUCAUCUCACUGUGUGGAGUGUUACAACGAUGGCUGCAAUGUGGGUCUUUUUCCGGUGGAUCGUCUCCAAUGUUACCAGUGCGGUGGAGAAGAGUGUGCUCGUCUAGCGGAGUCAGCGAUCAUGCCGGAACCAUGUUUGCGGUACGAUACUGCAAACGCCAAGUGUUACACGUGGUAUGAGUCGGCUUCCACUGCGCAGCGUGGUUGUCUGCUGGAUGAUUCCUUCUGCCAACGGGAGGAUGUAACGUGUCAGAGCUGUACCGAUAGUGGCUGCAACGAUCUCCAGUAUGAUAGCUUUAGCGACACGAAGCUGUGUGUGAAGUGUAGCACGAACCGGGCAUGUGAUGAAAAUCCUACGGAAGAAACUUGCACCGACGGUGGUGGUUGCUAUACGUUUUACAGUGAGUUAUUGGUGACCGCGAAAGGAUGCGUGUCGGAACUCAGCGAAAGCAUGGCGUGGUAUGAUGAAUGUACUGCCGGAAGUGCAAGUGAUCGUUGUGAACGCUGCUUUGGAGAUCUUUGUAAUCGCAACAAGUGUUACGUGUGUAACACAAUGGUUGGAACGCCGGCCGAUUGUAUCGAACCCAGCCUCAGCAGUACGGAGUCCACUACGUGCACCGAAAGCGACGAGUGUGUGGCGUUUAUAGACGAUAAUGGCCACACAGUACGUGGAUGCAGUGACACCUUCGAACAGGAACAGCUAGCCAAAUGUUCCGAAACGGAUGGAACGUGUCUUCGCUGUACGGGUGAUCAUUGUAACGGUGGAGCACUGCCAAAAGAUCGCAUCAAAUGUUACCAGUGUACUGGUACGAUCGAGUGUCUUAAUCCGACGAAGAACAGUGCUCAGUACUGUGAUGUUUACCGCGAGGGAGAAGAUAGUUGUUACACCUAUUUCCAAGAUGAGACGACUGUAGAGCGAGGAUGUACGCAGCAGCGUACAGAACCAUACGAACCACCCUGCCAGAAGUGCAACACAACAGCCUGUAACGAUCAGCGAGCACUCGUCCAGAAUUCUUUCAGCUGUGCCCAAUGUUCGGGCAAUGAGGAUUGCCCACCAAUUGAUGCAACCGAACCGGCCAUCGUAAAACCAUGUCGGACAGAGAUUCUGUUCGGUCGUACCGAGCAAUGCUAUUCCUACUUCAAUUCGGACGGAACACUCGAAAGAGGAUGUCUCAGUGACCUCACUAAAAGUGGUGCCUCUAUCGCUGGCCAGUGUUUAGACCCAUCGGAUGCAAGAUGUAAACUCUGCCCGGAGAGUGGUUGUAAUGUGCGAAGUGUGAAAUGUUUCGUCUGCAACACGGACACGUACGCGGGUUGUGCAGAUAAUCUGGAUGAGACGAAUCAUAGCUCAUUGCUUCAGGCAUGCGGGACGGGACAGUGUGUUUCUUUGCUGGAAGAAACAACCACCCGGAAAGGUUGUUCUGAGGAUUUUAAAGUUGAAUGUGAAUUGGGUGGCAUGUGUCAAACAUUCGACGGUUCCAUGUCCAAUGAUGCCGUUUAUCCAGUAGAUAGACGGCAGUGCUUUAAAUGCCAAGGAAGCACAUGUGACGAGAUUCAAAGUUCUACUCAAAUGUCCGUCUGUCAGGAGUACAAUGCAAACGAUGAGUGCUACACAUAUGUCUCGGACACUGGAGAAACCUUCCGAGGAUGCGUGUCUGACCCAGUGGCAGCUAAUCCGUGUAUUGAACAUCCGGAUCUUUGCGUCCGGUGUGGUUCUGAAUCGGCCUGCAAUACGGAACCUAGCACACGCUCCAACGAGCUCAUAUGUGCCCAAUGUGCACGUGCGAUCGAAUGUGAAGAGGCGGUACGAUACGAACGAUGCACCCAGCAGGUCUUGCUUGGCCGACAGGAUUCCUGCUACGUGCACUCCUUUGCCGGUGAGAUCCUUGCAAGGGGUUGCCUCAGUGAUGCUGCUGUGUCUUUACGUGACAAGUGUGCUAAUGAUGGUGCGAGCAGUGAAUGUUCACUCUGUCUUUGCGACCAUUGCAAUGGAUCACCGGUCCGGUGCGUUGCCUGUGAGGGUGAAACAGGAUGUGGGGAUGUGCUCGGAGCUUCGGAAGACAUGCUCGUUCCGUGUCAGACAGGAAGCUGCGUAACAUUCGUUAAACACUUUACCAACGGUUCAUCACUCAUCGUUAAAGGAUGCUCGGAGUUGUACGAGCAGGACACCUGCAGCAAGGGACAAGCACCGGAAGGAUCCUAUCAACUUUGCCAUUCUUCUGGCUGUAAUGAUGUGCUGUUUCCAGUGGGACGAUUAAAGUGUUACCAAUGUGAGGGAGAAUCCUGUUCCGAUCCAUCACUGGAACCAACAAUCUGCGAACCUUACAGGGAAGAUGGUGAAAUGUGCUACAGCUUUAUGGAUCGUCCACAGAAGGGUUGUGUUGGACAGUUGCUAGAUGCGAAGGAGUGCGACCAGAACGAAGGAUUGUGCCGUGUUUGUGAUUCUUCCGAUGGGUGUAAUGUGGAACCUCGUGCGUUGGAGUGUAUCACCUGCUCCUCAAAGACCGAUCCAAGCUGCAUUGAGCCAACAUCGGUAGGAAAAAGUAGGAAAAUAUGUCCUGUUGGUGGCUGCGCUACGAUAAUCGACGAUGACGGUUAUACUGUGCGGGGUUGUGCGAAUGAGUUCAAUGUAUCUCCAGAGUUAUGUAGCGGAACAGAUGCAACCUGUCAAGUUUGCUCCGAAGGUGAUUCAUGCAAUGGCGCAUUGUUCCCUUCCAAUCGGUUACAUUGUUAUCAGUGUUCCGGGGCCAACUGUUUGGAUGUGGCACAGCAAACACCGUCCGUCUGUCAACAAUACAGUGCAAAUGAUGUGUGCUAUACGUACGCUGCUAGUUCUACCAAUAUUCGACGAGGAUGUCUAUCAGAUUCCAUUGCCGAAUGUCCUGAGGAAUGUGUUACGUGUGACAGCGGGGAUGGUUGCAAUGAACAUCCACCGAUCAGUCCCAAUUCCCUUACCUGCCAUCAUUGCGAAGCGCCAGAUUGUGCGCAGCUAACACAGACAGCCGAAGGUACCGUUUGUCCCGAUGUUCUGCUCGGUCGCACCGAUGCCUGUUACACCUUUGUGGACAAGUACACCGUUAGGAGGGGUUGCCUUUCGGAGGAAACUGCCUGCAAUCCCGCAGAUGCCAACUGUCACGUUUGUACCGUUGGAAACGAUUGUAAUGCGGACGAGUACUCUGUGGAGCUAAAUGAAUGUGUCCUGUGUGAUGAGGAUGUAGCUGGUGAACGAUGCAAAUGGGGAUUCGAACGAUCUGUAGCACAACGAUGCUCAUCGGAUAUUUCAGCAGUUGGUGUUGGUUGUUACACUUGCUAUACCACAGGUGAGCAGAACAGUGAGGACACAUCGCUGCUAACAUCCUUCUUCCAUCGUGGUUGUGUGGGAGACGCACGGCAAGCUGAAUGCGAACCGGACACUGUACACGUGUGCCUUGGUGCAGGUUGUAAUCAGCGUAACGAGCAGUUGCAGAUCUGUGCAAAGUGUGAGGAAGGCUGUACAGACGAUCAGUGGUCGGUGGAAGAGUGUCGUGGUAUUGUACCGUACGAGAGACGCGGUUGCUACCUUAUGCGUGAUGCACGAAAGCGUAUUUUCGCUCGAGGCUGUGUGGCGGAUUUAAGUGAAGACACUUGGCGGCUGUGUUCCAAUGUGAAGGACUCGUCCUGUAUCACGUGCCUUGGAAACGAAUGCAAUCACGCGGUGGUAGGACUGGAGAGAGUGUCUUUCCUUUGGACGCUUCUUUUAGCGCUACUGUUGUUGCUCUGUGCACGGUAGUGGGUCGUAAGACUUAUUCGGGGGCUUAUUUCUCAAAUGGAUAAGGUUUAGCAAUAUAACGAUUAGCUAUUAUUUAUCGUAACAAAUUCCUUUUUUUAUUCAUUAAACUGUAUUAAAAAGAUUCUUGGAAAUAAACAAACGAGGUGGAUGUAAAAUUACACCUUAAGAUAAAAUGGUAAAUGUGAAAGAGAAAAAAAGUGUGUGUCAUUACUCUCCUCGACGACUCACAACGUGGGGAUGUUUUUUUUUGUGGUUCACAAUUUCGCAACUUUCACUCUAAUGUACAGUUAUGAUGUUGACACUCACAUCCUGAGCGUUUGAAGGGAAUAAUAAUACACACUACUUAAUGCAACAUAAAGAUAUUUCGUUAUUUGCUUAGUUGAACAGAAUAGCGGAAAAUUUCGUCCUAACAAAUCACUCAAUAUAGUAUUCUUGAAAAUAAAAAGGUAGAACAAUGAGUAACGUGGAAAAGACAGACAGAAAAAAUAAAAACGUUUAAACUAUAUUAUGGCUUUCAUAUGUAGCGAAAAACAAAUGAAUCGGUAAAAGAAAAUCUUCUUGAAGGGCUUAUAAUACUAUAUCAAAACAAUCCCUCUUUAACCCUGAAUCUUGUCCCCACAAGUAUGGUUCCACAGCACAAUUACUGGUUUAAGUGCAUGCGACACCUCGACCCUUGAGCCGUCGACAGUGAGAUGCCACCUAACAUAAACCAAGUUCCCAAUUUCCCCAUACACUUUCCUCUUCUAUUUAGCACCUGUGUCUUUAUCGAGAACACUCGUGUGGUUUUUUUUAUGUAAACCUCCCCCAUUUCAUGCUGUUUUGUUUGAAAAAUUU